UUCUUUUUUGUUCACUUGUUCUUUGUUAUUCACUUGUUCAUUUUUACUCACUGGUUCAUUUUUACUCACUUGUUCUCUACUCACUUUUUGCGCAAUUUUGCUCCUCAAAGGGCAUUUUGCGAUCUGGCAGCUUUGCUCAUAUUUGCGUUUACUUCACACUUUUUAUAUUACGGGCAAAGCUGUUUACAAUUUUGAAAAAUUCACUAUGUCGCUUUUUCGGAAGUAUAGUGAGAUUUGGAACCAUUUCGAGGAAGUUGGACGCCAGGAAGCCAAGUGCAAGUAUUGCAAAUCUAUUUUGAGUUGCAAAUCUCAAAGCAACUUAAGCCGCCAUUUAAAGAGCAAGCACCCGGCGUCUAUGGAGCCCGUUAUCCGGCAAAACACCGAUGGCCCGAUUUUUGUGCAAAGUGCGCAACCAAAAAUAACAAGCUUUGCUGAAAGGCCUGUACCAGCGAGCAAAGCGCAGCAUAUUGAUCUGCAACUUGUACGGAUGAUCGCCAAGGGUCAUCACGCCUUGCGCUUGGUCGAAGCACCAGAAUUUAAAAAAUUUAUUCACGAUGUGUCGCACACCCCAAACUAUAAGCUUCCGACGAGGAAAACAUUAACCAGCUCCUUGAUUCCCAAAAUUCGUGACGAGUACACUGGGACGAUAAUAGAAGAACUACGUGCGGCCACAGCGGUGUGCUUAACUACAGACGGUUGGACAUCUAUAACCAACGAAAGUUAUCUGGCUGUCACAGUACAUUUUAUCGAUGAGGAAUCAACGAUGCUGACCUAUACAAUUGCUUGUCAGGCCUUUGAAGCGUCGCACACUGCUGCGAAUCUGUGCAGCUUUUUGGAAAAAAUUGUGACUGAAUGGGAUCUCAAAAACAAAGUCGCAGCAAUAGCAUCCGAUAAUGCACACAACAUUGCUCUUGCUAUUAGAACCGGCAAUUGGAGUCAUAUACGGUGUUUUGCUCAUACCCUAAAUCUAAUUGUCCAAAAAGCUCUAGAUAAAAUAAGCAGUGUGCGCAGAAAAGCUAAAGCUAUAAGCGAAUAUUUUCAUCGCAGCUCAUCAGGCUUAAAAAAGCUUAAAGAUAUGCAAGCGCUGCUUAAGUUGGCUGACCUCAAACUAACACAGGAUGUGCCAACACGUUGGAACUCAACGUACAAAAUGUUUGAACGGCUGUCUAUCCUGAAGGAGGCAGUCGUGGCAGCUCUGUCAACAAGGACAGAUUUAAUUUUGUCACUAGAAGACUGGGAUGUCAUUGAUGGAGUGCUUCCCGUAUUAAAGCCAUUUUAUGAAGUUACAGAAGAGAUCUCAGCUGAAAAAAACCUAACAUUGUCAAAAAUAAUUGCUUUGACUGGAUUACUUCAAAGAAAAAUGGCUCAAAUAUAUCCAACAUUUAAAAAUAACCUAGUUGCCGAAGUAAUCAAUGAAAUCAUAAACGAGAUGGACGGCAGGUUUAACGAUUUCGAGGCUAAUAUUUUGUAUGCGGAGAGCACUGUUCUGGAUCCCAGGUUCAAAGGACGCGCAUUUAAAUCUGCGGAGGCCUUUAAAAAGUCAGUAGCGGAUAUCAACAAAAAAUUGGCUCAAACGAUACGGUCACUCACUGAACCUCCACAAGAAGCUAUAAGCAACAAAAAACAAGAAGAGGACACAAUAUGGGCUGAAUUUGAUACCACUUUUCAGCAAGUAAGCCAACCCACCAACAAUACGGCAGCAUCCAUAAGAGAAAUGGAUAAGUACCUGGCUGAGGAGUACAUCAGCCGAAAAGAUGAUCCAUUGGUAUGGUGGAAUCAGCGGAAUGCGCAAUACCCGCUACUUUAUAACUAUAUGCUGAAACGCCUCUGCUUAGUCGCCACCUCAGUGCCAUGCGAGCGCAUAUUUUCAAGUGCAGGCGAAACCAUACGUAAAAGGCGCUCCCUUUUAAAGUCAACAACCGUUGAAAAUUUAAUUUUUUGCAUAACAACAUGUAAAUCGGAACGCUAAAAUGAAGAAAACGAAAAGUAUAAGAAUUCCUAUGAAAGGAUCUCCUUUUUUUUAAGUUAGUAUAAGAAUUCCU